AUGUCGUGGUUAAGAAAUGCGGUGAACUUGGCCGUAGAAGCAGGGGCCGGCAAGAGCCUCACUCGCACCGUUCGUAACUACGCCGACACCGUCGUCCUCCAUGCAGGCAAUGCCGUCGCCGGUGGAGCCAAACUUAUCCUCCCUGACCGCAUUGGUCCGCGGAAUUUACAGAGCUUUAAGCAUACUGUGAAAAGAUUGGAGGAAGUGUCGGUUUCGUGUAGAGGGAUAGAGAGAGUUCAGCUCUUGCGAAGGUGGUUGGUUGCUCUUAAAGAAAUUGAGAGAUUGACUGCCAUUUACAAUUAUCAGGAAAGGAACUCUGAAGAUCACAUCAUGUCCGAUGAAAACUCUGAUUCCCCGAAAAGACCUACCCUGGUUUAUUAUGUUGACGCUGAUAUGGGUGAUGAACCGAAAACAUUUCGCGAUGUCUUUCUCCAUAGCCAAGCUCUUGAAGGCAUAACAUUGUCCAUGAUUCUUGAAGAACCAACUGAGGAAGAAGUUUCACUACUUCUGGAGAUAUAUGGGCUCUGUCUUACAGGAGGAAGGGAAGUACAUGGUGUAGUGAUGAGCAGUGUACAGAAUUUGGCAAAAGCACUUUCAUUCUACCAAGAUGAAGUACUGAUAAAGCGAGAAGAAUUGCUCCAGUUGGCUCAAAAUGCAAUUUCAGGGCUUAAAAUAAAUGCUGAUCUCACAAGAAUAGAUGCUGAAGCCUGCAGCAUAAGGGAAGAACUUGAUAAACUAAUGGCACUACAGCAGCCUUUAAGUGAAAGUUAUAACAAUUCAUCUGAGACAGAAAGAGAUGCAACGGUAGAGAAUUUAAAAGCAGCGCUCGUAGAAAUUCAAUUAUGUUCCCGGUUAGAGUCACUGUUACUAAAGAAGAAAUCCUUGAGCAAUGGGGAUUCACCUGAGCUGCACACUGAAAAGGUUGAGAAAUUGAAAGUAUUAUCAGAAUCUCUUGCUAAUUCUACCUCACAGGCAGAAAAGCGCAUUUUGGACCACAGAUAUCAGAAAGAAGAAGCACUUAACUUUCGUGUAGCUAAAGCUAAUGAAGUAAGCCAACUUGAGAAGGAUUUGGUGGCAGAGAUUGCUCAAACGGAGAGGCAAAGAGAAGAACUCCAAGAAGCACUGAAGAAGGUCAUUAUCUCAUUGAAUGUUCUUCGUGGGCGCCUUCACAAUGCGAGAGAAGAAAGAGAACAAUUUGAUGAAGCAAGUAAUCAGAUUAUUGUACACUUAAAAUCAAAGGAAGAUGAACUUUCACGAUCCAUUGAUUCAUGUAGAGCAGAAGUUGAUGUUGUCAAUACCUGGAUUUGUUUUUUGGAAGAUACCUGGGUUCUCCAGGCAUCAUACACAGAGAAAAAGGAGAAGCAGGUCAAUGAGGAACUGGAGAAAUAUGGAGGCUAUUUUGUGAACUUGGUAAUCCAUCUUCUCUCUACUUAUAAGGAAAGCUUGCGUUCAUCCAUCACUUGUAUCAGGAAUCUUGUGGAGAGAAUGCGUUUAACUGAAGGUUCAAGUAUACCACUCGGUAAAGAUGAUGGAAGUUCAAGCAGAAGUAACCCUAGGAAAAAUAUUGAAGAGGAAUAUCUGGAUGUGGAAGCCAAGUUAUUGACCACCUUGAGUGUAGUAGACACCAUGAAGAGGCAAUUCUAUGUUCAAAAUGAAGGCAUCUACAGGAAAGAUGGCCAGAAGGUCAAAGAGCUCUUCAAUGACCUCAAGAACAUAAAAGAUGAGUUUGACUCCAUUGAAAGACCUGUAUUGGUAAUUGAAGCUUCACCACGAAAACCAGACACACCACCUAGUGAUGGGCCGUUUUUAAGUCCAACUCCUACCUCUACCUCACCAUUGGGAAUCAGGACUCCAUUUUUCAAACGGGACGGUUCAUCCAAAUCUUCGUUGUUUAAGAAGGAGAAGAAACUAGAUCAAAAUGAAGAGUCAGUAAAAUUAGAUCCACCUCUGGCUACUAGGUCUCCUCACUCUUCCUCGGAUAAGGAGGAGAAGAAAUCAGAGCCAAAGGUAGAAGCCAAGUUAUAUCGAGGACUUGAUAUUGAGAGCAGAGAAGGCUCAGCAGAAUUUGAGAUUACUGAUUGGGUGUUUGAUGAACUUGAAAAGUCAGUAGACACCCCUUCUCCUGCUAAAGAAAUCACCACUGCUUCUGCCAAAGAAAACACCACUGCUCCUUCCAAAGAUAUCACGACUGCUCUUGCUAAGGAAAUCACCACAGCUCCCCCUUCCAAAGAUAUCACCACUACUCCUCCUUCCAAAGAAAACACCACUGUUGCUCUUCCCCAAGAAAAUGCCACUGCUCCUUCCAAAGAAAACACCCUUGCUCCUGCUAAGGAAAACACCACUGCUACUCCUUCCAAAGAAUGCACCACUGCUCCUGCUAAGGAAAUCACCACUGCUCCGGCCGAAGAAAAGAUCACUGCUCCUGUUAAGGAGAUCACCACAGUCCCCGCUAAAGAAAUCACCCCUGCUCCGGCCCAAGAAAACAUCACUGCUGUUGUUAAGGAGAUCACCACUGUUCCUCCUUCUAAAGAUAUCACCACUACUCCGGCCCAAGAAAACACCACUGCUCCCGCUAAGGAAGUCACCACUGCUCCUGCCAACGAAAACGCCACUGCUAAUGCAAACGAGAACACCACCCCUCCUUCUCAAGUAAACGCUUCUGCUCAUGCCAGUGAAAACACCACUGUUGAUCCAAACAGGGAAAACACCACUACUGCUUCUGCCAAGGAAAACACCACUACUGCUCCUUCUCAAGUAAACGCUGCUGCUCAUGCCAGCGCAACCACCACUGCCGUUCCUACCAAGGAAACAACACUGCUGCUCCUCCCAAGGACGACACCACUGUUAACCAGUAGGAAAAAUAGGCCUAAUGCAUAA